ACAGCCAUUUUCAAAUAUUUUCAUCAUUUUAUUAAAAAUAAAUACCUUUACAAUCUGAUAUGUGAUGGGGAAAAAGUUCAGCAAACAGUAGACCCGAACCCACGACGACAUGAAGGUGGUAACACGUGCUUUAUACUCUACGCCAUCGGAGCGGUUAAUUAUCAUGUGCCUUUCUUACAUUUUGUCUAUUCCAAUCUGCAACUGAUGGGCGGAGUUAGUAUAGAUAGCCUCUGCUAUAAGUGGUGGGGACAAAAUUGACUUUGACAAAAAGUGGUGGGGACAUGUCCCACCCAUCCACCCGCAAAUUACGCCUAUGCACACACACACAAAACUCAAAUAGAUUCAGGGAAAGUCAAACAUGUUUAAUUUCUAAUGAAAACUAAUGCAUUGUAAAUAUCAUUGUCAGUCAAGUGUUGAGUGUCUCCAAUCCAGCAGGAGGCGCUCUGAAGCUCUAUGGUCCGCCGAUAAACCCACUAAUGUUGAUAGUUUUCUGUCCUUAUGAACUGGUGAAUUUUCAUUUCGAACAGAAUUUGGCCAAAUCGAAGUUCAUUUAAGUUGUUCGGAUUUCCACAGAAGUUUACUCUCUGGUAACACAUCAUUCUGUCAUUAGGACAGCGCUUUCUUUUAACUGGACAUCGUUUAUGUCGAUCCACGGAGGUCAGUCAGAAACAACAUGAAUGCAUUUGAGUGUCGCGUUGCUGCGCUCGUGCGAAUGUACCCGCACCUCUACGAUCGCGCGCGCCGAGAUUUUACAGAUCCAGAGAAGGCGUUUAAUUCAUGGAAGGAUAUUGCAGCCAAAGUCGGUGUCGACGACCCGAAGAUCUGCAAAGCGACGUGGAAAAACACCCGAGACAAGCUUGUCAAAGCCAUGAAAAGAAUGGAGGCAAAGAGUGGAGAUGGUGUGUUGAGUAACAAGGCGUCCAAGCUGGUUUUGGAGAUGUCCUGGCUCAAACCUUUUAUUCAGCACGGACAAACUCGAUCUCACCCACCAUCUUCUGAAAAGGCGGAUGUGAUGUGCUGUAAAUCAGUGGGAACUGAUCUGUCCAUGCUGGAUAUUGAUGAUUUCAUCACAGAAAUCUGUCAGCUGAAGAAAGAGGUGGCGUUACUGGAGGAAAAGCUGAGGACAAGAGGAGAUGAACUCAACACUGAGAAGUCCAGACACACGCAGGACUCGGAGCUCAGCCUCACUUUACUCUGUUAUACUGACACAAACCCCACAGACGCUCAGGACACUGUGUGUGACAGUAAUCACACCUUGAAUCAGGAUGAAUCUACUGAUCAAACCUCCACAGAGUCUCUGGAUUCUGUCUGUAACGCUGGAGAACAGCAGAUCCUGAACACCAGACCACUCAACAUGUGUUCUGUCACACUGAAGAAUGACGAGAACCAGAUCGAGAUCAAAACUGAACCCACAGCAGAAGAUGAUCAAACGAAUGAAGAUGAUGAUCAUGAGGAAGAUGAAGAUGAUAGCGAUGAUGAUUUUUUUCCUUCAGAUGAAAGCACUGAUUCGUGUUCUGAAGGAGAAAUGGCCUUUACGUCAGAAGAGCAUUUUGUCUCCUCUUAUAAUCUGAACAUUAACAUGAAGACACAAAGUGAUGGAAACCCUUUCCACUGCAGUGAAUGUGACAAGUGUUUCAGCACCAAAACGUAUCUUGUUAUUCAUCAGAGAAUUCACACGGGAGAAAAACCGUACGAGUGUCCUUACUGUGACAAGAGAUUCAACCAAGAAGGUGGUGUUAAAGCACACGUGCGUGUCCACACCAAUGAGAGACCGUAUCAGUGCAGUGAAUGUGGACAAGCCUUUACGCAGUCAGGUUCUUUACAGAGACACCAGAUAUCUCACUCUGAGGAGAAACUCUAUCAGUGUUCACACUGUGAUAAACGCUUCCAUCAUAAAGCCAAUCUGAUGCUUCACGAGAGAGUUCACACUGGAGAGAAACCUUACCUCUGCUCUCACUGUGGACAGAGCUUCCGUCAACGAAGUAAUUUCAAAGAUCAUCUGAGAAUUCACACAGGAGAGAAACCUUACGUCUGCUGUCAAUGUGGAAAAAGUUUCACUCGGUCAAGUUCUUUCAAAGAUCAUCAGAAAGUUCACAGUGGAGAAAAGCCUUAUCCCUGCAGUGUUUGUGGGAAGAGUUUCAGUCGACGUGAUAAUUUAAAGACGCACCAGAGACUUCACACAGGAGAAAGACCUUACAAAUGUUCUCAGUGUGACAUGGCGUUUACGCAGCGAGUUCUCCUGAAACUCCAUCAGAAAGUUCACACCGGAGAGAAACCUGGAAAAACACGACCUGUGAAGAAGACUUGACUUUGAUGGAAAAACAACAUCUCCUAAUAAAAGGGUUUGACAAACACAAUUCACACAUGUAUGGGAUUUUGUUUGCUAACAGCAUCUGUUCAUCUCUUCCUAGAUUAGAGUUAAAAAACAAAUCAACAGUUGAUGUGGUGGUGCUCCAGAAUUCCCGUUGAAUCGGAAUCUGAUUGAACCGGAAUCUGCGAUUGUUUUUACUUCCCUAUUUUCCGAGUGAAAUGAAAUUUCGAAUGAGAAAAAUAGUGGGGGGGGGCUUUCGUCUUUCACUGCGAUUUGAUUGGAUAUAUAUAUAAACAGCAGUUGCAUUUUGCAGCAGACUGACAGUUGAAGGGGAGGAGUUAACGGAUGCUCCACCCAAGCCGUCUUAACAGAUGUCAUUUAGGAUGGAUAGUCACUACAGGACGGAAAUGCAUUUUCAGAUUUUAACUAAAGAUUAUGAGGCCUAAUGGUUUUAAUAAAGAGAAUGACACACAUUGAUAAACUAUUUACAAUAAACACUGGAAUAUUUCAUGAAAAAAUAUGCACUGUCAUUUUUUAUUUCACUGGGACUUUAAAUAUGUAACCAGCUAAAGACUGUACACAGACAGAAACAUUGUCAGAAAUGCUGAUAAAAAUAA